AUGUCUGAUGAUGGUUACGAUGGAGGACGUGCCGGUGAUGACUAUGACUACGAAGCAGGGCCAGGGUAUAACGAUGGAGCCUUUGAUGAAGGCUAUGACCUUCUCGCGAAUGAGCAAGACGGUGAAAAUGCGGAGGUAGGCGAAGAUGGUAUGCCUUUGGGCGAAGAUGCAGCCCAUGGCGGUGCCCAUGGGGCCGACGGUGACCAAGAAAUGGCCAAUGGAGAUGACACAAAUGGUGGUGCUGGAAUCUCUGGAGAGCGUCAACCCAACAAAAUUCGUAUAACGACGCCAUAUCUAACAAAAUACGAACGAGCACGGAUAUUAGGCACAAGAGCGCUGCAAAUCAGUAUGAACGCUCCUGUUCUUGUCCCACUAGAUGGCGAAACAGAUGCUCUGCAAAUUGCCAUUAAAGAACUUUCCCAACGCAAAAUCCCACUCAUUAUCCGACGAUACCUUCCUGAUGGCAGCUUUGAGGAUUGGAGUGUUUCUGAACUUAUUACUGAUUAG